AUAACAAAAGCAAAUACUUGAUCACUAAUAUAAAAUAAGGAAUUAGCACAGAUAUUAUCUAACAAUUCUAAAGUCAGUUUUAAGCAGAAAGGAGGCCGUUUUAAGCAGAAAUGAGGCGAAACUUGAUGACACUUUGAAUUGACCGACGCGCAGUGAACGCAUCAGCUAGCAGCAUGUGUAGCUGCAGGGCUCUGAUGGCUUCACCCAUCUUUUAUUCUGAAAUAAUGAUGAAUUUAUGUGGAAAUGAUUGUUGUAUUACAAAAGCUUCAGAUAUCUGUCGCUGAGAUAGAUGACGACUGGAGCGCAGUUUGAAGCAGAAACCCGCGGCUAAUGAUGCAUGCGCAGUGAAGCAAGGCAGACCAAUUUUUAGGGGGGAACUGUUCAGUCGGCGACACCGGACCUGGGACAUGAAAAGGGAUUAACAUGGAUAAAGUAGGAGUUGUGUCGGCAGACAUUAAUUUGCAUCAGAUACAGCUUUGUGUAGCAGGCAGGAAAAGACGGUGAAAUUACUUCUGACUGAAAGCUGUUUGUGUUUCAUUUGUGUUUCAAACACUUACCUUGGUCACUACAAUACAUCUAUAUGUUUUUCAGAAACUAUUUUUGCCACUGAACAUUGUGCAACAAUUUACAGUAAUAAUGUUAUAGAAAAGGUGUUGGAGGACAUGUUUUGUUGGCUAAUGUAGCUGUUGUUCAUGGUUUGUUAUCUGUGCUUGCAAUGUUGAGAUAAGUACAUGUUUUUAUGCUAUUCAUUCAGGCUGGUGUUUAUUUUAUUUUUUUAAAUUCUAUUUUAAAUAAAGCUGAAGACAUUUUCUACUUUUCACUGUUAUUGUUCAGAAGUUUUUCUACUGAAGCCCAUCUGAUUUUCUAACUACCGGCCCUUCUGAAAAUAAAGUGGCCACUGUGUGGCGCUAAUUGCGUAUAGCUAACCGUGUGGAGCUAACCUUGUAGAGUUAACUGUGCAGAGUUAACUGCGUGGAGCUAACUGUUUGGAGCUAACCUUGUAGAGUUAUCCGUGUAGAGUUAACUGUGUAGAGUUAACCGUUUGGAGUUAAUGGCUUCAAAGGCAUCUGCAUUUUGGCUUCUUUGACAAAAAUUGCAGCCAAAACAAACAGAAAAAUCACAAAACAAUCUUCCUGUUGGCAUAUGUGCACCAUCGACCUGACACAACCUAAUUUACACAGAUACACAGUGCAUUUGUGCUGCAUUAGCUUGACUGUAUCAAAAAAAUAAAUAAAAAUAAAAAAUCUGCAUGUUUUGCAUUUUCCCAAAAACAUCUGUGGAACAUAAACCCCGUAUGUGAUAACGCUGCAGCUACAUCGUCACGUUUCACACCGACGGCAGAGAAAGCGCCACAGUGACCAAACUGUUCUCUGUUGAAGCUGUAGAACCUGAGACCCAGAUACAAAUGAGGGAGAACCCUCUGCAGAGGAACCAUAAGUGUUUGCCUGAAGGAACCUCAUGGUUGGCUGAGAACUCUGGUGGUUCUUCGUUCCAGCUCCCAGGUCCAGUGCUGAUAGAGCCAGAGAUGAGAGGAAAAAGUUCCACUCCAUCUCAACUUCCAUUCCGGAGUAGCCGACUGGGCAGUCAGACCCCUAAACCCAAACUUGGUUCCUGCGGAGCAUCUCUGUCAGCGAUUUCAGGUUUCCUCAAAGAGCUUAGCACCGUGAAAACAUCACGUACCCUUCGGCAGUCAGGCUUCCUGCGGUGUGCCAAGUGUUUGUCUCAUCGUCCUGCAGACCCUGAUGCUCAUUUCUGCACUCAGUGUGGCGCUGUGGUUCCUCCAGUUCCUGAACAGAGACUGCCCCCUGCUGAGCGUGGACAGACGGGGUUCUGUGCCAGCUGUCACACCAUAGUUCCAGUCAGCUGUGGCAGCUGUGUAAUCUGUGAGUCCUUCAUCACUCCUGAUCUUCAGCAGCAAGCUGGCCUCACUGUACAGGGUCAUGUGAUAUGUGUUUGCUGUGGAAGUGGAAAUCCAACACACCUGUCCAGCUGUGUGAGCUGUGAAAGCCGCCUUCCAACGGCAGUGUCUUGCAGUAACAGCACCCCCUGUGCCACCUCAGGAGAUAACAGAAUGCUUUUGUGUUCCAAAUGUAAACGCCUGAACCACAGGGAUGCCAGAUACUGCAACUGGUGCGGCUUCAAGCCUGGACAUGCAGUCAACCGUGUGACGUGUUGCCGCUGUGGAGCGAGUGAACACCCAUACGCCUUCCACUGUGCAGCCUGCGGCGCAUUUUUGGAAGCACCAGUUUCACCUACUUCAUGCACCAAAGGCAGUCAGUCCACAGGGGGCGCCAUUACUCACAACCAGGUACACUGCUCUAGCAGCAUCAGAACACUCAAGGGGCCUUCCUGUGACACCACCUGGCACACCACCCACCGAGUCAUCAACAUGGCCCUGCCCACUGCCGACCAGCAGACACAGACUGUGGGACUUUUCUACCCGUCAUCCACUGAGCUGGAGAGGAAGGAACAACAGAGGGCGCUAGAGCUCAUUAGGAAGCAGCACAUGAGAGACGGCCACCUGCUGCUGACCGCCAUCAGCCCAGGCAGAGGUUACUGGAGGAAGCAGCUGGAUCACGUGUGCGCCCAUUUGAGGAGCUAUGCCCAGAACAACGCCCCCUUCAGGGCUCUGCUGGGAGAGCCCCGGCUGGGCCGGAUGGUUUCAGCCGUGAUUCAGGAGGACCAACAUGAAGUUAGUCUGACCAUAAGCUUCUUGUCAGCCAGGCAGGAAACACCCCAGAUGGAUGCUGUAGGGGGCGCUGUGGAACCUGCAGGAAAUGGUCAGUCCGCAGGACUCGGCAAACCCCAGAAACCAGUCCAGACACCUAAACCUCCACUGCUGCAGGAGCUCGGUCCAAACCGGGGCCAGAUCAAUGUCAUCGCACAGAUCCUGGAUCAGGGGGCAGAUCCCUCCUGCUGCAGCAGUGAUGGAAGCCACGCUCUGGUGGUUGCUGUGGAGAAUGGUCACCAUGACAUCAUCCCUGUGCUGGUGCAGCGGGGCGCUGACGUGAACCAGCGGUCAGGACGGAUGAAGAACACGGCUUUACACCAAGCAGCAGCUUUGGGUUCUGAAGGCCUGCAGAGCGCUCAGAUCCUGCUCAGCUGUAAGGCCAGUGUGAGGCUGAGGAACGCCAGAGGUCAGACACCAUAUGAUGUGGCGCUGAGCUCCGGCUGCGACGCCAUGGUGUCUCUGCUGGCCGCUGGGACAGGUCGCGACAUGCUGGACAAACUAGGACAACCCAGACCGGACCUGGCUGUCAGGUGACCCCCACCCGGGUUCAACCACCCUGUUUUAGCCUCAGAGCAGUUAUAAGAAAUAUUCUAUUAGAAAAAGUGUUUCAAGUAAUGCCAUAUUUUAACCCUCCGUGCAUGAAUUAUGACGUUUUUAUUCUUUGGGCAUGAAAAGAAAAAAGUUUGAACUUCUUUUAAAAAACACUUUUUUUUACAUGUCCACUGAGGUGAUGAUGUGUUUGAGUUUUUAACUAGAAAAAUCAAUGAAUGAAUAAAAAGACACAUUAUGUGAAAUCUAUAAAUCAUGUGGAUUUUUAAUGAUGAUAAACAUGUUUUCUUCCAGUCCUCUGUCUGUCCCUCAGUGUCUCACUCUGUCCCUCCUCCCCUUCAAACUCUGUUUUAUCUUCACAUUUUAGGCAGAACCGCAGACAAGUCGAUCCUUCUGCAUAAGACAAUAAAAAGGUGCUUUUGUAAGAGAUGCAAACUGACGUAAAUCCACAAAUUACAGUUGGCGCGCGGAAUGCAUGCUGGGAUAGUGUCUUCUCUCUUGCGUCUCGGCAACAUUCCGGAUGUGAUGACAGUUUUGCGAAGGGCCAAAUUUAACUGUAAAUUUGUCAUUUUUUAAAUGAAGAUUUCUUUGUUGAAUGACAGAUCUGGGCAGAUUUACUUUACUACAUUCAGAA